AUGGCUGCAACACAGCAAGAGGGCUCGGACCAGAACUUUGAUUAUAUGUUCAAACUGCUUAUCAUCGGCAACAGCAGUGUAGGAAAAACUUCCUUUCUCUUCCGCUAUGCCGAUGAUUCCUUCACCUCUGCUUUCGUCAGCACUGUGGGCAUAGAUUUCAAAGUGAAAACAGUCUACAAGAACGACAAGCGGAUCAAACUACAGAUAUGGGACACAGCGGGUCAGGAGCGAUACCGGACCAUUACCACAGCAUACUACAGAGGAGCUAUGGGCUUCAUCCUGAUGUAUGACAUCACCAACGAGGAGUCCUUCGGUUGUGUGCAGGACUGGUCCACCCAGAUUAAGACGUACUCAUGGGACAAUGCCCAGGUAAUCCUGGCGGGGAACAAGGCUGACAUGGAGGAGGAGAGAGUGGUGUCAGUGGAUAGUGGUCGGAUGCUGGCCGAACAGCUUGGGUUUGAGUUCUUCGAGACGAGUGCCAAGGACAAUGUCAACGUAAAACAAACAUUUGAGCGUCUCGUCGACCUCAUCUGUGACAAGAUGUCCGACAGUUUAGAAACUGACCCGGCUGUCACCACAGGAACGCCCAAUGCUAGGCUAACUGACAACCCUCCUCCCUUGCAGCAGCCCAACUGCGGUUGUUAA